UCAAUUGCGCCAACAGAUCCGGGAUGUGGGGGAACAUGGGGGGAGGUGAACCCGCAACAUGGAAAAGCGGGAUAGGGGCAUAGGCACCGUAACUUACACGGAGGGGGGCUAGGGGCGUCGGCGGUCUGGAGCGAGGAAGGAAAGGGAGGGGGGAGUGAGGAAGUUUCUGGAACAGCCGCCGACUGGCCGUUGCUUUGGUAGGAGGAGGUGUCGGCGCCGGCGGCGCGCGCACAUCGAGGUGGGGGAGGUGUCGCGCGCUCGAGUUGGGAGGUGGGAGAGAAAAGGGCAGCAGCUGUUCGUGGUGCGACGGGUGGGCGUAUGGGGGAACCGCGAGGGCGGUGUUUAAAGGGGCCGUUUCGGGGGCAUUCCUGUAGACAUGGAGAAGUAGAAGAAGAAUUGAACAAUUAGCGGGGCUUCCCCUACAGCCGCUUUUCCUCGGUCGCUUCUUUUUUUUUUUAACUCGCUCGGGCUCCUGAGAAAAGCCCUCCCCAUCCCUCCUCCGUUUUUCCACAGAUUCGCAGCUGCCUUUUCGGAGCUUGAAAUAAUCCCUCUUUUGCACGUGAAUUGACGUGGGGGGAUUCAUAGUUGAAGUAUUGAGAAAUACGAGGGUAUUGUUGUUAUUGUAAUCUGGUUGUCAACAAUAAACGUGGAGGGGAGCUCUAUUGCUGCUUCGUUUCUGAGCCGUUUUUGGGUGCUUGGCGACCUGUUUUCAGUCAUGCAAAUUAUAUAUAUUUAUAUUCGCAUACUCUCCACUCCACUUCUCAAAAGGGAGAAGAGAAUUUUAUAAUACAUUUUCAAACCAGCAGACAGUCUCCCACGAAUUUAUAUCCCCUGGCUAAAUUGAAAAAGGUAUACCCUUCUCAAGAAAUGAAUACCAGAGGGGUAGUAUGGCAAGUAAUUGAAAAACUGGACAUUAUUUGCUAAGAAGAGAGACAAGCAUUGAUUGCAAAAAAAUUGAACUAAAACAUGAUUUGACUUCAAAGCAACUCUCAGCAACCAUGAUGGCAACGCAGACAUUAAGUAUAGACAACUAUCAAGAUGGGCAACAACAAAUGCAAGUAGUAACAGAAUUAAAAACAGAGCAGGAUCCAAACUGUUUAGAAACAGAUGCAGGAGGAUUGAGUCCUUCCCCAGUUGAAUCUCAGACACCGAUGGAUGCAGACAAGCAAGCUAUUUACAGGCAUCCACUGUUUCCCUUAUUAGCACUGUUAUUUGAAAAAUGCGAACAAUCUACACAGGGUUCAGAAGGCACAACAUCUGCAAGUUUUGAUGUAGAUAUUGAAAACUUUGUUAGGAAACAGGAGAAGGAAGGAAAACCCUUUUUUUGUGAAGAUCCAGAAACGGAUAAUUUAAUGGUAAAAGCAAUUCAGGUUCUACGAAUUCAUCUGCUUGAGCUAGAAAAAGUUAAUGAGCUCUGUAAAGAUUUUUGUAGUCGCUAUAUUGCAUGUCUAAAGACUAAAAUGAACAGUGAAACUCUGCUAAGUGGGGAAUCUGGGAGUCCUUAUUCGCCAGUACAACCCCAGUCCAGCAACUUUAAACAUGAUAAAGAUAGCUUGGAUUUGCUGGAGCAGCUGUCUUCAUGGAAAGAGUCACCAGAAAAUCCAAUUCAAAGUGCCAUCACAGGUACACUAAGUCCCCAGGGGAUUGUGGUACCUGCAUCAGCCCUACAGCAGGGAAAUGUAACUAUGGCAACGGUUGCAGGUGGCACAGUAUAUCAGCCAGUAACAGUGGUCACACCUCAAGGACAAGUAGUAACACAAGCACUGUCACCUGGAACAAUCAGGAUCCAGAAUUCACAGCUCCAGUUACAAUUAAACCAAGAUUUAAGCAUCUUGCAUCAAGAUGAUGGAUCAUCAAAGAAUAAAAGGGGCGUUCUUCCAAAACAUGCUACAAACGUGAUGAGAUCUUGGCUUUUCCAGCAUAUAGGGCAUCCAUAUCCAACAGAAGAUGAGAAAAAACAGAUAGCAGCACAAACAAAUCUUACCUUACUCCAGGUUAACAACUGGUUUAUCAAUGCUAGAAGGAGAAUUCUCCAGCCAAUGUUGGAUUCCAGCUGUUCUGAAACACCAAAAACCAAGAAGAAAACAGCCCAAAACCGACCAGUUCAGAGGUUCUGGCCAGACUCCAUUGCAUCAGGAGUAGCUCAGCAUCAAUCAAAUGAACUUACUAUGUCAGAUGGGGCUGUUGUAACAAUUACAGCUCCCGUCAACAUGAAUGUAGACAGUCUCCAAUCGCUUUCAUCUGAUGGUACUACUUUGGCUGUUCAGCAAGUCAUGAUGGCAGGGCAAAGUGAGGAUGAAUCUGUAGACAGCACGGAAGAUGAUGGAACAGACCUCUCAACUACAAAUAUCAGUGGGCUGGCCUUGGAUAACAGUGAUUCUCUGCAAUAGGAAGCAAGAGGACCCGACCUAAAAUAUUAGGAAAGACAAAGGACUGACUGACUUUUUAUAGUUUGCACAGCAAACAUUUUACACAAGUUUUAUUUCUAAUAUGUUUUAUAUGUAGAUAUAGAAGAGUGCACUUUUUUGUAUUUCAUAGUAAGCUUAAAGAGUGUCUUUGCAGGUGCAGCAACUUCUUUCAAAUGUGUUGUUUUUUGGUUUUAAUUUUGAAAAUCUAGUAAGUUAAAAAAUUAUCAUCCCAUUUGUUUUCCUAAAGGUAUUAUUUCAUUCACACACAACAAAAGCUGAGUCAAGCUGAAAAAAAAUGUGUAUAAUGGGGUUGCAGACAUGGGGUAAAAUGGUGGCUGCCUGGAAUGUGAGUUAGUUUUACAUUAGCAUGGAUUUAAACUUACCCAAACCAGACAAUUACUAUGUUACUCAGUUCCUUGCUGUUCUAUAAUAUCAUAAGAUCUGCAAUUUUCAAACAUACAACAUUGCACUGCUAUGGGAGAACUGAAAAUACUUUUUAUCUUGUUGAAAGUAACCAGUUUCAGUUCUGUCAUUUUAACAAAGGUGAUUAAUGUAAAUGUAAAGCAUGUCAAACUAAUGUAUGGGAUUUGUUUAUGAAGUUAGCCAUGUAGAUUUGAAAGAUGCUUCUGCACCUUAAAAAAGGAAAUUAACUGCCUGUCCAAAGUGGGCAACAUAAUACGGAAAAAAAGAAAGAAAGAAGUGAAAAUGUGUGAUUCCUAAAGAAUGCAUGGCAUUUACUAUAAACUUAAUUUCUUCAGGAGGAGUUAGGUGGACAACUCUAGAUCUCAUUGUACCUUUAAAAUUUCCUGUUCGUAUGGCUACCACAGCUUUUUUCUCAACAAAUUUUCUUCCUUUUUUAUUCAUUUGCCUAGUGGCUCCUUUUCUUUUCUUCUUUCCCCCUUUCCUUUCCUUUUCUUUUAUUCUCUUUUCUUCUUUUCUUUUCAGCAAAUAAGGUGAGGUUAGAAUGGCAAUAAAAGAAAUAACAGGAGCCAGAAGAAGCCAUGAUUGUAGCUCUCUUCUGGUUAUGCAUUCCAGUGUAGAAUUCACCAUGUAAGAAGCAGCAAACCACUCCUACCCUGUCUUAGUAGCAGUGGUGACAUCACUGAUCUCCACUAGUGUGACAUGAUUGUCUACAAUAUGGAGUUUGACAAUGCAUGUUUUUUUUUUUAAAAAAAACCUUACAUGUAAAAGAAGGCUUCCAACUGUUAACAGCCAUGCCAUAUUCAAAAAUAACUGGCUGUUAAUGGAUAUUAGAACAUAAUAUAAAGAGUGAAAAGAUUAUUAAUGAUUCUUCAUGUGUUGAUUCUAAAUGGGAGUCUCCUACCUAAACUGGUAUUCUCUUAUCGCAGUUCAAGGAUACAUUUAAAGGUACAAUAGAUGUUAUAAGGUGUACUCCUAACUAGUGUGUCUGUCCAUUGUUUGCUAUAAAAUACUUAUUUUUACCUUUAUCAGGAUUCUUGGAUGAAAAAUAUUUUUAUAAAUUCUCUAAGAAUUGGACGGAUGACUGUAUUAAGCAUGAGGAAAAAGUGUUUAGUACUACUAUUUGAAAAGUUAUGAAAACUGUCCAAAUUGAAUAAACAUGCCUAUGUGACAUCC